AAAAAAAAUAACGGCGAAGAUUCCGUAUAAGAGGCGCGAAAUUGGUGUAUGUUAUUAAUUUGGUGUUUUUACCAUAAUCUUAUUACUUAUAAAUGAUAUUAUCUUUCCGAGAAUCGCAACCCAAAGAUGUCUAAGGAUAUUCGGUCGUUUUUCAAGCCCCAGAAAGUGAAAAAACCAAAGGCAGAAGAUGAUGUUGAUGUUAUACCAGAAUCUCCUGAUGUAGAAAUUAAGAUAAAGAAGAGAGAAAAUAGAAAGAAACGAGUGUUGAGUGACUCGGAUGAAGAAAUAUUUUCUACGAAGAAGAAAAAGUCAAAUGAAGAUAGUCAUAAGACAUUGCUGAAACCCAAACAUAAGGCCGUUGCUAAAACAGAACUCAAAGAAGUUAAAGCAGCUGACAUCUUUGGCAGUGGACCCAUUAAAAGAACAGAGCCAAAUGUAAAGUCAGUCCAAAAGAAAACUGAAACUGGUAUUCAUUCGGAUGAUGAUUUUGAUAAAAGUCUUUUGGAACUUGAUAGUACUGAAGAAAUUGCUCUGAAUAAUGUUAAAAAGGAAACUAUUCCUGUUAAUUAUCACACUAAAAAAUCACACAUAACCCCAAAUUCAGCAAAAACUACUACUGAUAUCAAAAAGAACAAAUCACUAGAAGUGAACACUUUUAAUGGAAAUGGGAGUUUAUCUGCAGAAAACCAUGAACCAGAAGAUGUUUCACCAAAAACAAAAAAGAGACACCUUGACUUAACAUCAGGAAAAACAUAUGAAUCAAAGCAAAAUAAAAUCAGUAAAUCAAAGCAAGAUGUUAAUAAGGCGAGUAGUAGUACAAAUGAGAAUGAAUCCCCAAAUGACAAAGAUAUAUGUGAAGCAACAGACUUGGAACUAGAUUCAAGCCAAGCAAGAAGGAAUAAGAAUCUUGAGAAGAGCCUGAAUGAGUCUGUUCUUACUGACGAAGAGAGAUAUGAACGUAAACGACAUUCUGCAGCUUUGUACCAAAAGUAUUUGAACAGGUCUGGACCUAAACAUUUGGGAGCUAAAACCAUUCCUGAGGGUACACCAAAUUGCUUAAAAGAUUGUGCCUUCUUGUUAACUGGGGUGUUGGACUCCUUUGAAAGAGAUGAGGUCGCUGAAGCUAUUACGAAACUGGGUGGAAUUAUCAAAAACUCGAUGAGCAAAAAGGUAACUCACGUGUUGGCUGGGGAGGACGCUGGUCCGGCGAAAAUAGCGAAAGCUCAAGACCUAGGAAUUAAAAUAAUAAAUGAAAAUGAGUUUCUGGAAUUGAUAGUGGCUUUGUCCAAAGGAAACACGACUGAGAAGACUAAAAGCAAAGAUGAUAUCAAAAAAGAAAAAAAACCGAUUCCGAAAUCAAAUAAGGAAAAGCAUCAUACAGUAAAUAAAAAUAAUCAUAAAUCUGACACCAGUACAAGCAAUGUGAAAUCUGUAAAAGUUAAAACUAGCCCAAAUGUUAAAAAUAUCAAAAGCGAAAUUGUAGAUGUAAAAGUACAAAAAUUGGAAGCAGUUAAAAAUGAAAACAACUCUACUGACCCAGAAAGUAAAUCCAAAUUAGGUACAAAUAUACCUGAAAGUAAUAUAAAAGUGAAUUGUACUAAUGAUUUACAGGUCAGCUCAAGUACAAGACCGGAAACUGUUUCAGUGCAGUCUACAAUGUGGGUGGAAAAAUAUAAACCACAAUCACUCAAGCAAAUCAUUGGUCAACAUGGGGACGCUAGCAACGUUAAAAAAUUAUGCAACUGGCUUACUAAAUGGUAUGUGAAUAGAAAAGCGAAAUUACCAAAACCUAGUCCGUGGGCGAAAAACGAUGACGGAGGAUAUUAUAAAGCAGCUUUGCUGUCGGGACCGCCGGGCGUUGGUAAGACGACGACGGUGACGUUGGUGUGCAAGGAGCUCGGGUUCGACGUGGUGGAGUUCAACGCCUCCGACACCAGGAACAAGUCUCUCAUAAAGGAACAGAUCGGCGAGUUGUUGACCACUACUUCCCUUUCUGGAUAUGCCAAGGGAAUGACGGGCAAGCAAGCUGUUUCAAAGAAACAUGUUUUAGUAAUGGACGAAGUUGACGGUAUGGCUGGCAACGAAGAUAGAGGCGGUCUCCAAGAGUUGAUAAGUCUCAUAAAGUCAGCAUCCGUACCCAUCAUAUGUAUGUGCAAUGACAGAACCAGUCAGAAAAUGAGAUCUCUCGUCAAUUAUUGCUACGAUUUGAGAUUUAACAGGCCUCGAGUUGAUCAAAUAAAGGCGGCGAUGAUGUCGGUGUGCUGCAAGGAGGGCAUCAAGGUGCCGGGCGAGGCGCUGUCGCAGCUGAUCGUGGCCGCCAACCAGGACGUGCGGCAGACGCUCAACCUGCUCUCCAUGUGGGCCGUGGACCGCGACCGCGCCGACGCCGACCGCCUCGCGAGAGACGCAUCGCACACUAAAAAGGAUAUCAAACUGGGGCCUUGGGAAGCCAUACGCAAGGUGUUCUCUGCGGAAGAACAUAAGAGCAUGAGCAUUCACGACAAAAGUGAUCUGUUCUUCUACGACUACAGCCUCGCGCCGCUGUUCGUGCAGGAGAACUACCUGCAUGUCGCGCCACGCUGCCCCAAGCAUGAGGUGCUGGAGCGGCUCAGCAGGGCAGCCGACAGCAUCAGCGUCGGGGACCUCGUCGAGGCGAGGAUUCGCGGCAGCCAGGCCUGGAGCCUUCUGCCCAUGCAGGCGAUGUACAGCUCGGUGAUCCCCGGGCACUUGAUGGCGGGCCACGUGACCGGCCAGAUACAGUUCCCGGGCUGGCUCGGCAAGAACUCGCGCAAGAACAAGAUGCACCGCCUCUGCCAGGAGAUCCACGCGCACACCAGGCUCAGCACGUCCGGGUCUAAGUCGUCUAUAUUCCUGGACUACUGCUCGCACCUGCGCGACGCCAUACUGACUCCGCUCACCCGAGACAAGAACGACGGCAUCGCGCACUCCCUGCAAGUGCUCGAGGCGUACCACCUCUUGAGAGACGAUUUGGAAUCCUUGACUGAAAUGUCACUAUGGCCCGGCCAAAGGAACCCAAUGAUUCUAAUAGAUUCGAAGGUAAAAGCGGCAAUGACCCGCACAUACAACAAGAAAGCGAUGGCGCUGCCGUACGCGCCGGGGCAGGUGAAGCGCGCGCGCGCCGCCGACGCCGACGACGGCGCGCGCGCCGACGACGACGCCGACCACGAGCAAGAUGACAGCGACCCCGAGAAUGACCUUCUUAUUAAGAAAAAAAAGAACAAUGAGAAAACCGGAGGUAAAAAAGAUGAAGCUGGUACUAGUAAAGACAAGCCUAGUUCGAGCAAAGCCAAAGGAAAGAAGAAGUAGUCAGCUGUAGU